AGGAGCAGUGGUAGUCCUCAAGUACUUCGCGCGGCGUUAGAUAUCCCUUGCACUGUGGUGGUGGGAGGGAAGUGACAAUCUGGUGUGGUUUAAACGAAGCCACCAUGAUAUUGUUAUCAAACCUGAGGGCCCGGAGUGUCAGUGGCGUCAUGUUCGCGUCCCUUUUACUGCUUCUGUUGCAAUCCGAUAAUGGCGUCUCUGGUGCGACUUGUGAGGCUAACCUAGAAUGCUGCCGGCACCCUCCGUGGACUCCCGCGUUUCGUGAGUGUUGCAGUGACGGCUGCUGCCCGGACUGCGACAGAGUCAGGCGUGUACCAGCUACUAAAUCCUACGCAAUGAAGAAGGGUUGCGAGGCGGCCUUCGAGUGUUGUGUGUACCCUAUCUUCACGGACGAGUGGGAGGACUGCUGCGCUAAACACUUCUGCUGUCCACUGUGCCACAUGGUGUCCAAAGGCUGCUGUUACAACGGUCAAAUGCACAAGUGGGGAAGCGUAGUGGACUCCUUCACCAACCCGGAAACUCGCCUGAUGUGUGGUGCCAGGAUAAACAGGAGCAAGCCUCACUUGGUGGCCACAAUUGUGCCCUUUAUGUCUCAACCUCUCCCGGAGAUCAACUGUGAUGACUGCACUGAGAGCAGGCACUGCGUAGACAGAAAUGGCAUAGUCCAUGAGGAUGGCGAGAAAUGGUUAGCAAACCCGUGCUCGCUGUGCCGGUGUGAUAAUGGAAUUUUCGAAUGCUUACCAGUGAGGCCCCGGUGCCCCCCUCCACCUUACCCACAGUGUGUCCCCGUCCCCCCCGCACCUGGUGACUGCUGUAACAAAUGGGACUGUUCACGACUAGAGAGCAUGUGCGUUGAUGCGUAUGGCGAGGUGCGGCAGGAGGGGGAGCAGUGGACGGGGCGCGAUGACCCCUGCUUGAUGUACAUGUGCAAGGCAGGAGGCAUGAUUUUGAACGCUCGUCGAUACUGCCCAUCACGGUCCCGCGUCAGGGUGCCUGCUGGUUGUGAGCUGCAGAAUCGCUCUGGUGAAUGCUGUCUAGUGCUGCAUUGCCCGGAGUGUAAGGACAAGAACGGCACAACUUACUCGGCAGGAGAUAGCUGGGAGGACCCGGACGACGCCUGUUACACCUUCCACUGCCAGGUUGGGGGCACCGUACAGCGGAGGAGGAAGGCCUGUCGUGAAAUUCGACGCCCAUUUAGAAAUGAUUGUGUGCUGCAGCAUGAGAACUGCUGCCCGACCUGGAUCUGUGGGGGGUGUGUGGACCAGUACGGGAUGACGCACGCCGCGGGAACAAGCUGGACUGAUAGAGAUGACCCCUGCAUCACCUACAUUUGCAACGACAGAGGAAUUAGACUUGCCUCCAGGGUUGACUGUCCGCCCCUCAAUCCCCAGCCUGCACGAGAUUGCAUAAAGAUAAAGAAAGACUGCUGCGAUGAAUGGAAGUGCCCGGGCGACGUAACGUACUGCACUGAUGAACAGGGAGGGAGACGCGAGGUAGGGGAGAGCUGGGUUGACGCAAAUAAUCCGUGCAUCCUCUGGCACUGCCCGGAGGACCUGACCCCCGUGCAGGCCAUCAUAGAUUGUGCCAUGCCGCAGCCGCCUCCCAGUCCAAGCUGUACCAUGCAAAUGGAUCAGUGUUGUCCUAAAUGGCACUGCCCUUGUGUGGAUGAUAACGGGGUGGAGAAGGUUGUUGGGGACAUCUGGGACCACCCGAAGAACAAGUGUAUGUUAGUGGAGUGUACAAGUGAUGGUGCCCGCGAGAAGCUGAAGCCCUGCCCUCCGAUCCCUCACGGCAACCCAGGCCACAAUUGUGUGCUGCAGUUUGAUGGCUGCUGCCUCACGUGGAACUGUGGAAAUGAAUCCUCUAUAGGAGCGUGUCCAGAUCCCUUCAGCUUCAAUAGAAACUGCUUCCAGUACUUCGACCAGUGUUUGUUGGAUAGCGAUUGUUACUACAACAACAAGUGCUGCCUGGUGGCGGGAUGUGGGCAUGAGUGUAUGGAGGCGUCCAAGGCAGGGGAGUGUCCUGUCAUAAACUACAUAGUCGCCCCUCAGUGCACCUCGGAUAUGGUGGAUGCGUGUCAGUGGGACCACCAGUGUCCAGGGAACCAGAAGUGUUGCUUCCUACACUGUGCCAAACGCUGCAUCGACCCCUUCUGAAGCCCGAGGAGUGGACAACGCGAGAAAAUCCUUUAAAUUCUUCUGUAAAUAAGAGGUCUUCGUUUACAUUUACUUAAAAACUCGUAUGUAAAUAAUUAUUCGUUUACUGUUACCCACAAAUAUACUUAACAUGAAUAAA